AUGUCCUCCCACUCGCAGGGGACCACCUCAGUGGGCAGCAGCGUGGCUGACGAGGCGCACUCCUUGCGUGAGGGCCACGGCGCGGACUGUCGCCGUUGCGUCGUAGAGGAUUUCCACGGCCGCCCUGCCUCCCGACCCCUCUCACCUUCUGUUUCCCUCUGGCGCCCCCAUCCACCGUCGCGCGGCGCCGACUCGUCGAGGAACCUGUCGUUCAACUUUGGCGAAGGCGCGCGCUUCUCCGGAUCGGAAUUCUGCUCUGGCCGCGCCAUGGCAGCCGCCGCCGCACCGGGGAAGGGAGGUGGUAGCGCAGAUACCGGUGCAGCACUCGCCGGCGGAAGUACGGCAGGUGCGGAGUGUCCCAGCAGAGGCGGUGGCAACGCUCCCAUGGCUAGCCUCGUGAGCGAGCUCCACGUCACGCCCAGCGGCAUUCUAAUACCACCCAUUCACGGAAUACCACGCCCUGGAGGACUGCCGUCCGAGAAACCGGUUGAAUACGCGAAGGUGAAGGACUGUCGAGCACCGCAGCGUCUGCGUAUGGCGGCCAAGGGCGCCUUCUCGAACAUGACCAGUCUUGCAGUCCUUCAGCGGGUGCAGUCGCUGGUGAACGCACGCCAGGUAGAGCCGGCAGGGUGGACGCCGAUCGAGCCGUCGCCGAUGCGUGUCAGCGACGACGAUACAGCGGAGGAGGAGUCUGUGGCGCAGAUGCACCGGGGCACCGCAGCCCCGGAUGGAAAAUGGCCAAAAGCAGGAAGGGCUGCAAGAAGCCCGCGUGGCAGUGUCGCACGUUCCCCCUCUCUGGCCCCACAUGGGUUUUCCGAGGCGUUGUUGAUGCCAUCGGAUGCGAUGAUGGCUGCUGAGAAGUUGGAGGGGGAUGCAGCAGCGGAGGCGGCGACACAACCCAUGCAGCACGCCGAGGACCGGGACGAAGCGGAGGAGAAAGCGGCGCGCAUUCGUAACGCCAUGCCGGUGCAGGAACACCAUCACGAGGGCACGAUAACCCGGGCAUACGCGCGGGCGCCGACACGUUCUGCAUCGCCCCCUACACGCUCCUAUAAUGAAGGUAACACUCAAGGUGGCAGUGAUGACGAACAGUCGCCCCACCGCCCGCACACAGCAGCGCCGAUCGCAUCAGCCCGCUACGGGAACUCGAUGGAAGAUAUCGCCCCGUACGCGAUCCGCACCGCCGCCUCGGCACAGCGCUCCUCUGCCUGCAAACUCUCCUCCGGCAGGUCGAAAGGCCCUCCGUCUGCUUAUCGCCCUGAUAGAGCCCCCGCACCCACUGCGGCGAAGGCCACGGCUAGCGCGGACCGCAUGCCCUCGUCACGAAUGCCGCGUGGCUUCGAGCUUUUCAUUGAAAAGGGACAGAAGCGCCGCGCCGAAGUUGAGCGUGCACAACGCGCACGCGCUGCCGAGGCAGCAGGCGAGCCCUUGAGUGCCGCCGCUGAGCAGCAUCACCGCAACGGUGACACUGCGCCUUCGACGAGCGAUCGGGCAGCCACGCGGCUGCGCAUGAUGGCGGUUAUGCCGCUGCCACGCGGGUACGAGAUGUACGCACGGCAAGGGCAGUCACGACGUGCCAAAGUGGACCGUAAGGAGGAGGAGCGCCGCACCGACGACAUCGUGAACUGCACGCAUCAUCCACAGGUGAACCACCAGAGAAUCGUGUCUGCCUCCUCCGCAGUCAGCGCCCGCGCCCUACGGCGAUCCCCACACCCCCAACCGCGCACAUCACCGGCAGUAGCGGAAGACGGAGCACCAACUGCCGAGCCGCUGCCCCUGUCGGUCUUUGAGCGCCUCACCAGGAAAGCUGAAGGACGCGAUCAGCGCUGCGCGCCAUCGCACCAGUCGCAUUUUCUCAAGUCCGCGACUGCAGCAGCAGCAGUGGCAACGGCGGCGGCGGAGGACGGACACGGCGGCUCCAUGAAAGGAGGCCCUGCCGCUGCCUACAAGCAUAGAGCGGUUCAGGAAACGGGAGAAGCAGACGCGCAGCGCCACAAGGCUCGUGGUGCUGGCCGGAACGUUUUCGAGGACCUCUACGCGCAAGCACGCAAGGGUGCGCAGGCCGCUACUGCCGCAUCCGCGUCCCCCAGGAGCCUCGGCUCAAAGGUGCCUGGGAGGGGUGCAGCAUCUGGGCGCACGUCGGCGAUGGCGCCCAACAGUGCGGAGACGGGAUCGGCCACAGCUGGCGACGCAGCUGCAGAGGUGACCGCGCACAAGAGGUCGCAAGCGGAGAUUGAGCAGCACCUGACGCGAAUGAUGAGCCGCGAGGCGGAGCACCGCGCCAAGUGGGAGGAGCACCGAGUGGCCCAAGCGGCCGAGGAGGAGCAGGCUAGACAUGGGCACGUGGUCCUGAACCCAAAGACGGACGAGUUGGCGGAGCGGGCGCGGACGCGGUACCGCAUUCGGGAAGAGCGGGCAAGGCAGCAGCGUGAGCGGGAGGGGGAGCACAGGGCGGUGGCAGUGGCAAAGAAGGCGCCUCAGCGCAGCGCAAGGCUACGCCGGCCACCUCCGUCUCCGAAGCCUGCCGAGGAAGGCGAGCAGGCAGCACACAGGGCUGUGUGUGGAGGAGAGCCGACACCAACAGCAGCGACACCGGCCAGCUGUGCCGCUGCGGACGACUUCUACAAACACCAGCUGCAGGCCAAGGAGCGCAAGCAGCGCCACCUUGAGCAGCUGCGGCUGGAGCGUGCUGAGGAGGAGCUCAGCGAGUGCACGUUUCGCCCACGCAUCAACGAGGCGUCGGAGAAGAUGGCGCAGCGCCUUGUUGUGGAGUCCUUCCAGGACGACUACGUGGACAAGGUGCCCGAUAGAUUCGCGUCCGCCACGACGCCGUGGGAGGAGGUGGUCGGCUCUGACGGGCGCGCUGGGAGCGUGCCGCAGCUCGCCGAGUACUGCGACGCUCACGGUCAUAGCGUGUUCGUCGGCUCGCGCAGCGGCAGCUUCUUUCGGGAGCUAAGCCGAGCAUCGCCACUGGCGCACUACCACGUGCCGAGCCCCUCGGAGAUGUCGCGUCCGCGGCCGACGGAGUGCGGGUUCGACUCUUGCACCGGGAUAGAUUUUGACGCUGAUCACAGCCGCAGCAACACCGAGAGCUCCACCUACGGUGUGCACGCAAUGGAGCCGCAGGCAGGGGAGGCGACGACGCUGCCAUCCUAUCCGUCUGGCCCGCUGGCGGAGCAGCUCCGGAGCCUGGAAGAGAUGCUGUGCGAGUGGAAGGAGAUCGAACGCGAGUGCUCGCCCAUCGUACCGCAGCCCCGCAAGACCGGCGUUGUCGAGUAG